UUGGCUGUUUGGGUCCUUUUCCUUGCACGAGGAUACCCUCAUGCGCCUGUGACCAGCGUCUGCUCCAGUUUUUACUGUUUAUACUCUUUAAACCCAACCCGACCUUAUGGACACCGAUAAAAAUCCCACUGCAGAGGCUGGGCCAGCCAUGGAGAGUACUGAGGACUCAGAAUCUUUCACAAAAGUUAAGUCUAAAAAGACUCAGAAACGGAAACGUGAAAAAGAUGGAGCCGACAUGGACACAGAAGAGUCCGUGCCAGUUAAACGGCCGCAGUUUCCUCCUAUUUCAGGCGACAAAUUAAGGGGACCGGAUCAGAUGCGUAAGAUUGCAGUCCCAGCUCACAGAUACACGCCGCUGAAGGAAAACUGGAUGAAGAUCUUCACUCCUAUUGUAGAGAACCUACAGCUUCAAGUCAGAUUCAACCUCAAAUCUAGGAAUGUGGAAAUCAAAACAUGCAAAGAAACGCAGGACAUCGGCUCCCUCACGAAAGCAGCAGACUUUGUUAAAGCGUUUGUUCUGGGAUUCCAGGUUGAAGACGCCCUGGCUCUCAUCAGAUUAGACGAGCUUUUCCUUGAAACCUUUGAUGUCACAGACGUGAAACCGCUGAAGGGAGACCACUUAUCCAGAGCCAUUGGAAGAAUAGCGGGGAAGGGAGGAAAAACCAAAUUUACCAUCGAAAACGUCACAAAGACUCGGAUUGUGCUGGCUGAGACAAAAGUUCACAUAUUAGGGUCUUUCCAGAAUAUCAAGAUGGCCCGGACAGCGAUAUGUAACUUAAUCUUAGGAAGUCCACCUUCAAAGGUUUAUGGCAACAUCAGAGUGGUGGCUAGCAGGACCGCAGAGAGAUUCUGAAGUGUGAUUGGCUGCUGUGUAUAUUUAUCUCUUCUCCCAUUGGCUGGUGGAACUCCCACUUUGAUCUUUGUCAGCUGAGACUGUUGACUGCUUUAUGAACUGGUACCUCUUCUGUCAUGGCCUCAUGUUUUCAGUGGUUAUUGAAUCACCUGGAUAGGAGGAAUAAAAUUUGAAUACAUGUAUUUACAGAAUUCUUUCUGAAUGUAUGAGUUUGUAAAUAAAAUAGAUGAUGGAUAGUGA